AGCCUCGGGGCGCCCGUAGCCGCGGCCAGACCCAGAGCUGUUUCCUUCCCGGGCUCAGCGGGCGGGAGAGGGCAGCGGCCCGCGGAGGUGGAGGGAGGGCGCGGUGGGGCCCGCGGGCGUGACGCACGGAGGCUGGGCGGGCGCAGGGCGGGGCGACCACGCGGGCUGCAUAUAGGGGCCGCCACAGGGUGCAGAGGGCCAGAGCUUUUGGUCCCGGAGCAGAGCGCAGCUGCAGCACGAGUCCGAUCCCCAGCCCAGCCCAGCCCGGCCGCCCGGUCGCUCUGCCCCGCGCCUUCAACCACCGUCUGCGCGUCUUGCGGCUCCGCGCCCGCCCCCGCGGCCCUUGUGCUCAAUGAAACUGGCUGCGAUGAUCAAGAAGAUGUGCCCCAGUGACUCGGAGCCGAGUAUUCCAGCCAAGAACUGCUACCGCAUGGUGGUCCUCGGCUCGUCCAAGGUGGGCAAGACGGCCAUCGUGUCCCGCUUCCUCACGGGCCGCUUCGAGGACACCUACACGCCCACCAUCGAGGACUUCCACCGAAAGUUCUACUCCAUCCGCGGCGAGAUCUACCAGCUCGACAUCCUCGACACGUCCGGCAACCACCCGUUCCCCGCCAUGCGGCGCCUCUCCAUCCUCACUGGAGACGUGUUCAUCCUGGUGUUCAGCUUGGACAACCGCGACUCCUUCGAGGAGGUGCAGAGGCUCAAACAGCAGAUUCUCGACACCAAGUCUUGCCUCAAGAACAAAACCAAGGAAAACGCGGACGUGCCCCUCGUCAUCUGCGGCAACAAAGGUGACCGGGACUUCUACCGCGAGGUGGAGCAGCGCGAGAUCGAGCAGCUGGUGGGCGCCGACUCCCAGCCCUGCGCCUACUUCGAGAUCUCGGCCAAGAGAAACAGCAGCCUGGACCAGAUGUUCCGCGCGCUCUUCGCCAUGGCCAAGCUGCCCUGCGAGAUGAGCCCGGACCUGCACCGCAGGGUGUCAGUGCAGCACUGCGACGCGCUGUACAAGAAGGCGCUGCGGGGCAAGAGGCUGCGGCGCGCAAGCGGAGACCCGGACGACGCCUUUGGCAUCGUGGCGCCCUGGGCGCGCCGGCCGAGCGUGCACAGCGACCUCAUGUACAUCCGCGAGAAGGCCAGCGGCGGCCAGGCCAAGGACAAGGAGCGCUGCGUCAUCAGCUAGGAGUCCCCGCCCCCGCGGGGCCGCAGAACCUCAGGAGGCCCUUUUGUCCAAAAGUCUACUGACACGGCUGAGCGCGCACGGACGGGCGUCUUCCCUCCCGGAGCCGGGCCAGGCGCGGGGGAGGAUCCGGACCAGAAAGGACCAUCAUCUGCUCUGGAAGGAGAGAGGACUGGCUGAGGCCGGACCCCCCACCAACCCCCACGACUUGGGGACAAGUCCCAGCAGAGGGUGGGUUUGCCUCACUUCUCACAAAGACCUACGAAUGGGGUGAGGUGGGAGUUAACCAACCAUGGCUGGGCAGGAGGGCCAGGACAAACGGGCACUAACUUGUCCGUGACUGGGGGUCCCCGUGUUGGCUGGCCUGAAACGAGGGUACGGGUCAGACUGGAGGGAGUGACUCGUUUACAUGUGUGUGCAACGGCACAAAGUGAAGCGAAACAGAAACCUUGCACUUUAUUAGCAGCUCCGGUGUCGCUGUGACAUGAACAAAAUCGUGCACGGCUGUUUGUACCGUGUGUGUGAGACAGUCUCUCAAGUUAUUAUUUGUAUUUUUUUUAAUAUAAAAUAAAAUACUUUAAAAUAGAAAA